AUGUCAUUUCGCUCAUGGCGUCAAUUCCAUUUCUUCGAGAAUAUCCCGAUUCGGGAUCCUAAGUUGGGCAGCGACAGACCCUUUUUCUCUGAUCCUACAAUAACUGCCGUGUGCCCGGUUUCGAACGAAAGGCUUCUCAUUGCAGUACAGUCGAGACUCUUGCGUUUGGUGAAUCUAUCGACGUUGGAAAUUGAACUAGAAUUCGAAGCGUAUUCUGAAGGUUUCCAAACGACAUACCUGAGCGCAGUACAAGAUAAUCUUAUUCUCAGCGUGGCUGAACAAAUGGGCAAGCCAUGUUCUUUAAAAAUAUGGAAACUGGACAAAAGGCCCAGAAAUGAAUUCGAUUUUCACAGCAGCAUAGAGGUGAAAAAUGGCAAGAACACGUUUCCCUUGUCAGCCAUCGCAGUAUCAAAAGGUGUGGACUGUAUCGCCGUAGGCUUCGUCAACGGAAGGGUAGUAUUGAUACGAGGUGAUAUUUUGCAUGAUCGGGGCUCAAAACAGAGAAUCAUAUACGAAGACCCCAAUAAGGAGCCGAUAACUUCGUUGAUUUUCGACCGUGACAGCCGAAACUGUUUUGCUUCCACGACAUCGGCAUUGCUACUUUUUGACACUUCUGGAAGAAACCAUGGGCAGGCAGACUUGAUUCUAAGUUCUGAAUCCGGGGUUGACAUCAAUUGCAGUUGUUCGAGCAGCGAUGGUCAGGAAUUUAUCUGCUGUUUUGCGAACUCCAUUGAUUUCUACAAACCCACCGGUGAGAAGCGAUCCCUGGCAACUGAUCUGUCCAUGAUCAAAAGAGUAUUCUCAAUUGAUGGAGAUCAUCUGCUCGUUCUAGCCGGGGUACAAGCGUCAAAUACCACCGCCUUGCAUGCUUUCAAGUCUACUGUCCCGAGCAACAGGGUUAUCGUCCUUGACAUUCGAAAUAAGCUGAUCGUCAUGAACAGCUUAGUGAACGGAAAUGUAUUAGAUGUCUUCCCAAUGAGAUUUACGGGAGAUCAAUCAGUGAUGCUACUGACGUCUGAUGGCACGCUGCAUAAAAUCACCGAAAAGUCUAUUACAGAAAGGCUGCAGAUUGUUGAGCAGAAAGAACUUUUUCAGAUAGCUCUUGAUAUUGCCAAACAAAACCGACUGGAAGAUAUCCAGAUCGAGGAAAUCAGGAAAAGGUACGCCGAUUAUCUUUAUAAAUCAGGGUCCAAAGCCGCCGCUAUUGAGCAAUAUCUACAAUGUCUUAACGUCACUGAGACAAGUGAGGUAAUUGCCAAGUUCGGUAUUGAGAGCUCAUCGAGCUCUGAGGACAUAUCAAACUUGUCAUUUUACGUUUUCUCAGUGAUCCAGAAUGAGAUGGGGACCUCCGAUCAUGUAACACUUUACAUCAUAUCUUUGAUAAAGAUGAGGGACGAACAAGGGUUGGAAGAUUUCGUAAAGCACUUCACUAGGAAUGGGAGGUAUUUACAACAGGAAGAACCCGCGCAAAAUUGGAUGGAGGAUGAUGAAUCAUACUACUAUUCUGAUGCAAACCUUUUCGAUCUCGAACUCGUACUAAGAUUACUUCUAGAGUCCGGAUUUGCACUACAGGCUUACAAGAUUGCUAGAAAGUUUUCCAAAAGCCCUGAGGUCGUGGUCGAUAUCUUGAUCGAAAACCUAAAUGAUCCACACUUGGCUCUAAAGUAUACAAAGAGUCUACCAGUUGACGAUACGCUUCGUAUUCUGAUAGCUUUCUCAAAACAGCUUUUAGAGCUCUUACCGAAUGACACGAACGCAUUACUCAUUGAGCUUUUUACAGGAAAAUUCCAGCCCGCAAAAUUGGAGGAUAUGAAUGACGAAAAGCAGCCCUUACACAACGAAGAGAUGGAUCACAAUGUUUUUUACAGUUACAACUCUUUCCUGGACUUCAUGCGAGGCACAGGGAACUCCAAAAAUGCGGAGUUGGAUGUAAGUGUUCCAACCUAUCAUCCACCGAGGCCCGCAUUAAUUUUCACUUCAUUCGUUCAUCAACCUUUCGAGUUUGUUGUGUUCCUCGAGGCUUGCCUGGGUAGCUAUAACGAGUUUGAUGGCUUUGAUCACGACAAGCAGCUUAUCUUGACCACACUAUAUGACGUUUAUCUGUCACUGGCGAAGGAUGACAUUAAAAGCCGUCAAAAAGAGUGGAAAGAGAAAGCCCGCGCUGUAUACCAACAAAGCGUACAGCUGAUAAGGGCAAGUCAGUCUACAAAUGGAACGCUAGCAUCAGAUAAACCAAUUAAACCGGUGGACAAUUCUUUGAUGAUGCUAAUCUCACAAAUUAAUGAGAUUGACUUACCCCAAGAGGAAGAUGAACUCAGCCCUAAAGGUCCGAAGCUCGCAUUCGAUAAAGCCGACUUGGUCUACAAAUUUGAAGCACUGUGUUCAACGAAUGAUGCCAAAACAGCUUUACAGUUUAUCGAACGUUAUGGAGGUCAAGAGCCCGAGCUAUACUCGAUGGGUUUGGCACACUUCGUCGUCGCAAGAACCACGAUGGAAGAGAUCGGAGGCGAAUCCGUCUUCAAGGAAAAAGUUUUGCGGAAAGUUUUGGAUUUAGAUUUAAUGCCCUUGCUGGACAUUUUACAAGUUCUAGGCUCAACCAACGUUGUCACUUUCGGACUUAUUCAAGAUAUACUCAUUGAACACAUCAAAUCUGAGAACCAAGAAAUAAACAAUAACAAGAAGCUCAUCGAGUCUUACGAGCACGAGCUUACUGAGAAGAACGAGAAGCUGAAAUCGUUGACGGAUGAAAAAAAUCCGCUUCAAAUCCAGCUCAAAGACCAGGCCUGUGAUACCUGUCAUUUAAAACUCACUCCACCUAUCUUAUUCUUCAAGUGCAGCCAUCUAUAUCAUCAGAGCUGUUUGAAUGAAACUGAUUCGUCUGCAGGGGACGACCGGCAUUUCCAGUGUCCGCAGUGUAUGGUUGAUUUUGAAACAGCUGCUGGAAUGAAACAAGUGCAGGUAGAUACAAAAACUAAUGCAGAGCUUCUUCGCAUGACGCUGAACGAUGAAUCUAAUGCCAAAGACCGUUUCAAAGUGGUUACAGACUUUAUUGGUAGAGGUGGUGCCGACUCGUCGUAA